CCGAUGUUCUUGGUUUUCCGGAUUCCACGCAAACCCCCUCCACGCCACGACCGAGCCCCUCACACGCGCUACCGCGGGUCAAUCGGCGAACGGCGCGGCUCUGUUGACCAUGGUGGGGUAGGUGCGCCUUUCAAGUCUCUUCUUUGUCUGUUAUGCUUAUCCAAUGUAAAAGAGAGUCUCCUGCCGUUUCUUCCUGUGCUCUUUACGCACUCUCCUGUGGAAGCCACGGUCAUUAUGGGGAGUCUUCGUUUCCAGUAGUUCGUCGGGUGCUGAUGCCGACGGCUGAGAGUGGCUAGAUUCCCGCGAAAGAGGUGCGACUUCGCCGCUAAUGUACCGCCAUCCAAGAUGUAAUUCUCUGCCGCAGGUUCGGGCUAGCGAGACACAGACGCCUGAGUUUCGUAUGAGUGCCUUUCUUCCAGGAUCCAUGUUCUGUGGAGCUGUUCAUGGCCACCAUGUGUAAGAGUAUGGCGCUUCCGAGUUCCCUGUAGCUGCAACCCGUGUGUGACUCCUGCCACUCGUCUCCUGGCCACCAGUCUGCGAUCUCUAGCUUGUCUGCUUCCCCGUUGCGGUCUACCUGAAUAAACUUUCCAGAGUUGGCACGCGAAAAGCUUAAUUUUGCCAUGCCGGCAAGCCCCUUUUGAGGUUGCAGAUUUGCGUCUGGAAAUCCUGUCUUCCUGCUGACGAGGGCUGCCUUUCUGGCCACCAGUCUCGCGUCGAGUUCCACCACGCGGCAGAAAAAGUCGCGCGGGUGCUCGAUCGACAGGGUAGGCCGUGAUGCAUCAUCUGGUGUCUUGUCCGCCUGUCUGGUGUAUCCCCGCCCUGGAAAAGUCGAGCUUCUUUUCCUGCUCCUCACGAGGCUCUCUGGGUUUUCAGCUCUUCUGAGGUUCCAGCUGUUUGAUACUCAGUUCAGAGAAACGAACCGCGUCUUUGCUUGCCCUGUCACACGUGAGUUUUCGUUCCGCGGGUGUCAGUGCCGGCGGCGAGACGGCCACUCGCUGCAUUCCGUGUGCUCUGAGGCAGCUCCCCCAGUCUUCAGUUCAUCUCUUGGCUUGGUUUUUUUCUCUCGUUCGACGACCAUUGUCUCUUGGCUGACUCAAGAAGUCCAGGAAAAACGUCGAUAAAGUCCGCUUCUUUCCUCUCUCACGCGCUGUCGACACGAUGAGGAUUGACCCCAAUCAAUUUCGAGCGUUCCUGCUUUCUUCUCCCCCAGGAGCGUGGCCUCCUGGCCUCUUUGCAUGCGACGCCCCUGGAGCGUGCGACGCUUCAAAAUGCUCGGCUGCCUCGACGGGUCUUCCGGAGUCCUCGCUUCCUCAGGCAGAAGUUUGUGUCUCUUCUUCCGAUCAGGGCAAGCGUCUGGCAGCGAGGGCCACUCAGCACCGCGGGUUUCUCACGGAGUUUCUUCCAGUGCUGGAAAAGAGUCAAGUCCGGUUUUCAGUCGUGAAAGCCAACUUCCUCUUCCUCUUCCCACCCACAGACCUUCCCCCGCAGCAAUGGCUGGAACAGCAGAGUGCACUUCUGGCUGGCAUUCGAGGCCCAGAGAAAGAGGGCAGCGGAGACGGAAUUUUCGACAGCGUGGAAAUCCUUCUCCUCGAAGACGUACGUGUCUCUCCGAUUCGGCGCAGACGGGUGGGUCUUCGAACUCCGGGCACUGCGUUCGGCGAGACUCUUCCAGAUGAAGAAGACAUCCAGUACGAAGAGCAAGACGAUCGAGGGGGAAGAAACAUUGGGGGAGACCCUUCUCAGUCGCAGCAAAAAAUGGAAGAAGAACUUGACAGAGAGUUCGAGUACGGCGUUUCCUUGAAGUUUGAAUCUCAGUUUUGUGAAGACGAAUACCUCUUCUUCGCCCAGAAUCGUUCAUGCCGACAGGCUUGGCUCGACGCCCUAACCAAAUCAGCCAACACCCGUGGCCAGAUCGAAGCUCUCGUUGAGGCGGCAGCAGAGAGUGGCUUUGCUGCGAGUCGGUAUUGGGCUCGGUGCCGGGCGCUGCGCUAUGAGGCUCAGAGGUGGAAGUCUCAAGUUCACUGCAACGCAGAGAACGGGGAAGGAAACUUGAGGUCUUGCAAUACUAAGGAACACGAUAAACUCUGCGAAAGAGUGGUGAUAUUGGAGGAGCUCGUGGACGCGCUGGAGGGACAGCUCGUCAUGGCAGAGGAGGAGAAGUCGGAGGAAGGAAUGAAACGCGAAGCCGCGAUUCUCCAGGAUGCGCUUUUAGUUGAAGCUGAGAAGACAAAUCGUUUAACGCAGAUUCUCUGUGACUUAUCGGAGACGCUUCCGUGCGAUGUCGGCGAGCAGAUUCGACAACUCGCGAAGAAGGUCAACAGUCCUUCUUUUCCCCGUCCUUCGCCAAUGGUUUCGGCAGAUGCUGCCGGGACGGCGCGUGCAGAGAAAGACAAUCUUUCGCAGAAGGCAGAGAAUCAAGAGCUGGGCGUUCUUCCCAUGUUCUCGAAAGUCGCGUUUCACGGCCUUUCGCCCUUGACAAGGAAGGAAGCAGAGAGAAAAGGAAUGGAACAACGUGAAGCGUUCGGUUGGUCAUGUCCCUCAUCGCAGGCACCGUCGUCCCUAUACGGCUCUCCCUUGUCGCUCGCGUCUCCCCCGUCCGCGCCGGGUGCCUUGUCUCCGCUGUACACCGAACGAGAGAUACUCUCUGGCCCGGAAGGCAUAUGCAGAGAAACGCGGUGCUGUGAACGAAAGAACGAAGCAGAAAACGAGACGGCGAAAGCCUCUGCAAAAACCGCGGAACCGUUUGCGCGUUUUCAACAGCAGAGUCCAUCUUCCUGUUCUGCCCUUGGCGACGCAAACGUUGUUGGAAGCGCUAGGUCUCCACCGAGGCGGAGUGUCUCGCCAGUGGUUGCAGCUCGCUCGCGCUCCGCUUCACCGUCAGUUUCUGUUUCCUUCACUGCGCCCUCAUGCAUUCGAAAGGGGAGUGUGACCUCGAAAAAAACGUCCGCGCCGGUGAGUUCUGCCACCAAUGUACCGCAGCGUUCGAAAGAAGCGAGCACGACUGGUGGCUGCCCUGCACUCUCGCCUCCCCAGGGUGCCCCGCCUGCUUCCGGCCACGCUUCCGCUGAGGAACAAGGGGAGGUGGUGUCUUCUGCUUCUCCCACUUCUCCCCCUUUGUCUUUGCCAAAGGCGAGUGCUCUGCAGAGCUCCGGUGCAGGUUCCGGUGAUGCCCCACCGAAAAAGCUGAUGGUGUCCAAGGCGUGUACAGUCAAAGUCGUCGAUCGUGCUGGUGAGAAAGAAUCUCAAUCUCCACUAAGAUUGGAGUCGACCCCGAAGGGCCCACCUGUCAGACUUCCACUAUCCUCUGCUUCAGAAAAUUGUUCGGAGACAAAACCUCCAGAAGGCAAGUCACAAGGUCGCGGGACAGAAAAAACAACGGGGGACACGAUGGCGAAACUCAAGGGUAAAUGCCCAUCAAAACCCAAGUCUUGUUUCGCUGGAAAGGGUCCCCCGUGUAAGAAAGCGGCGCUUCCGAAGAAGGGAGCGGAGACAGGACCUCAAGAGAAAGCAAAGGGGAGUGACACGCAACCGAACGAGGAAGCAAAGCGUUCCACUGCGAAAAGUGAAACACAUACGGCGAAGAAAACAGAAAACUCUGGGGCUGCUUCCGUUGUAGGAGCAGGAAAGUCAGGAGCCAAUGAAAAGGCAUCUGACAGCAUGGAGAAAGAGAGGUCCUCGUACCCUGAUCGGGAAGCCCACGCAGCAGCAGCGAUCAACAAGGACGCGAAAGCUGAAGUGAAGGUUGGCUCCCCGAGCGGGACGAACCCACAGGGACCAGUCGUACCUAAGACAGUCUCUGUCAAGAGUCCACCUGGAAAUCUGCCGCCGAGAAAAGGACUAGACGAAGCAGACAAGGGAAGAGAAAUCCCAGGCGACAAAGGGGAGGAAGGGAAGAAGCGAGAGGAGGAAUCGAACAGUAUUGAUGAGUCGACACAAAAACUAGAGCACAGUGAUACAGGGGCAGGAAACGGGGCCAAGUCAGUUAUCGUGGGGAAAGGUCCCCCUUCGAAAGCUGUUAUCAUGGUGGCAAAGGGAAAGGUGGCAUUGGUAGGACAGGGGCCGCCUUCCGUAGGAAUUCCAGCAUCACAUGUCCCCUUGCCGGCAACGACCAAAGACGCGCCGUGUCUGCUAGCGAAACAGUCGGAUCACAUUCGAGGAACGCGCCCUUCGUGGCGCUCUGACACUUCUGCUGCUUUCGCUACCCCGACAGUGCAUCCUUCGUUGGAGGCGCUUGGCAACGAUUCGGAUAAGGAAGCACAUUUUAACUCCAAAGGACCGCGGCGUUACGGAUUAGUCCCGUCCACCAACGAACGCGACAGCGGCAGAGUUACGAGUUACAUGAAACGAAAGGAACCUACAGGAGAAAAGAUGGCGCUGAAUGACCUAGAAAAAGUAGUUUCGUCGGUGAGCCAAGACAGCUUCUGCAGGCAUUCAGGAACGAUGGACAGACAAAGGAAUUUAGUCGCCUUUCUGUUAAAUGAGAUAAGUGAGAUCGACGUAGAAGAGAAGCCGAGGAAAGGAAAGGCAGCCGCUAGAAGAAUACAACUGGACAAAGAGCUCGACUACCGAGGUUACAGAGAUGUUGACGUCAGCGACUUUCCACGCGAACCUACGACGCUGCAGAAGACGCGGCGUUCGUUGAGGAAAGUGGCGACGGAAAGUGAUGAGCACUUCCGAAUUGGCUUCCACAGCAGUGGUCGUGAACGGGGCUGUGAAGGCUUGGUCAAGAAAAACUCGCGUGGUCGAAGCGCCCGUUCAGCGUUUUUUGGUGAUGAUGAAGACAGGUUUUCCAGUCGAACAGCUCCUUUCCGUUCCAGCUUAGUAUCGCUCGAGUCGUCAGAAGAAAAGUCUGAGGAAGCCGACACGGAGUCUGAGGUUUAUUUGUCUGUCAUUCAGAAGGGCAUCCGAGCCGACAGUAUCGAUAACCUCAUUAAACGUCUUGAUGUCCGCUGCCGCGAGGCCAGCGGCACUGCUCCCGGGAGCCAAGAACGAUCUUUCAAAGACAUAAAACACAUGGAAAGAUGCAGCAAAGGACCGUACGGACGUUUUCAAGUUCUCGAGCGUUUGCGAUCACUGGUAGAGGCCGAAGCUCGAGCUCCGGAUCUGCCGGUGUGUGGCAGUCGUGGUCGUCGGUCCACUGAGCUCCUGAGCGCUUGCACGAGGAAAAUGGACAAGAGCAACAGGAAUGAGCGUCAAUGACAGCCGAGUGACAAGGGCAAAACCGAUCGAACAAGAUCACAUGCUGUUCCGGUGCCUGUCAUCCCAGAGAGUGACAAAAUGUUUGGUCCUUCUAAACCUGGUGAAAUGCUCUCUCUUUAUCCGCUAUGACCGGGUCAGUCGUUUGUCCAGUCGAGCGUGUCAAUCAUCCUUGAGGCUGCUGUGCGUUCAGGUGGAAUCAGAUAUUGGUUGAACCAUGCAACUACACGAUUGCAGAAAAUUACCUUUGUUUUGCUAUAGCAUACCCAACACAAGUCACAUGUAUCAGACGAUGUCUACAUCCCAUGGUGCUUUGGGGAGAGAAAGCACUAGCUUUUCAAAACAGACGACUCAAUAUGUUAAUUUAACCUUACGCUCCAACUUCCAACUCUUACGGAGUAUCUAAUUUACACUUACCAACAGUGAACCGAUAACGCCAUGUUUUCGGGAGGACUGCUCACAGAAUUCAGACUCUCAUCAGAACAGCACUCUUGAAUCGCGUAGGCAUCACUAUUGGAUUCCCUGCCCUUCAAUCACACGGGUUAUACGUUGCUGCACCGGUGCCUUCAACACGGCGCACGUUAAAGAUUCCUUCUGUAGGGUUCCCUGCGUUUUCUAAUGCUUGAUACAUGCAUAGCCUCGCCAGCAAACGCGUCCUCUGCGUUGCAGUCAAGGAGCAUACCGAGUGACCUCGGGGACGACACAGAAUUCCUCGGCCUUCUGUUCAAGAUUAACACACCGCCUGUUCGAGCUCUUUCCGUUCAUAUCUUGUCAUGAGUGUUGCGCCACAGUAUUACACUGGUUAAUUAUUCCAUCACGC